AGGUAGUGAGAGAGAGUAAAUAUUUAUCAAACAAAACAAAAAACAAAAAAAAAGUUGUAACGUGUAGACAGAGGUUGUUGUUCCAAAGUCACAGUCUUUGCAACCUCCGAGGAUUCAUCUUCUAAGAAUUUUGGUCCAUCACCAAGGAAGAUCGACCUAGCUAGUUGCUAGAUACGUGUGUUCCUGUCUCUCCGUGUCAGCACCAGCACCAGCUGUUUCUCUCUCUCUGUCUGCAAUUCGUUUCUGCAAACAAAAAUGCUGGUUCAGAGAAGGGUCAUGAGUUGGAGAAGGGUCGCCAAAGCCUUCCAAGCUCUGCUAGCUCAUGCCUUGCUCUUCUGCUUCACUCUUCUUCUUGCUCUCAAGCUUGAUGGGACCUUGCUUUCUUCAUGGUGGACUGUAUUUUUUCCUCUAUGGCUUUUUCAUGCUGUGGUGGCUCGAGGCCGAUUUUCAUUGCCUGCUCCUUCAAUGCCUCAUGGUCGCCAAUGGGCUCCUUGUCAUUCAAUCAUAGCAGCACCUGUACUUGUUGCAUUUGAGCUACUUCUUUGUAUACAUCUCAGCAGCAGUUAUGACGUGAAUUUAAAGAUUGUAUUCAUACCUCUGAUAGCUUUUGAAGUGGUGAUUUUGAUUGAUAACGUCAGGAUGUGUAGGGCUUUGAUGCCUGGAGAUGAUGAAAAUUUGACCGACGAAGCAGUAUGGGAAACUCUUCCUCACUUCUGGAUUUCAAUAUCCAUGGUCUUCUUUAUUGCUGCCACAGUGUUCACCCUCCUAAAGAUAUGUGGUGAUGUUGCUGCUCUAGGCUGGUGGGACUUAUUUAUUAACUUUGGCAUUGCACAGUGCUUUGCGUUUCUUGUUUGUACGAAGUGGCACAAUCCAACAAUUCAUGGAAGCUGUCAGAUUACCGAACCAUGUUCGUCGUCGAAUUCCAUAAGAUACCUGGACUGGAGUAGAGGAGGCAUAGUUGUUUCUACAGAUGAAGAUAGGCAGCAAAAUAGGUUAUGCAAUCUGCAGGACAUUGGCGGGCAUAUUAUGAAAAUUCCAUUUGUUGGUUUCCAAAUACUUCUUUUUAUGCAUUUAGAGGGAACACCAUCCAAUGCAAAGGAUAUACCCAAUUGGGUCAUUUUUUUCCCUCUUAUUUUAUUGCAAGGAGCUGGGGUUUUAUUUGCAGUAUAUAGAUUAAUAGAGAAGAUAGUUCUUUUACUCUACACUGGAGAUAUUCCUAGAAGCUACUCAUCUAUAGCAUCUAAAUCUUGUGACUGCUUCGGGUUCUUUCGUCGUGGGUCAAGGUUGCUAGGUUGGUGGUCAAUAGAUGAAGGAAGUAGAGAGGAAGAAGCUAGACUUUAUUGUGCUGGGAAUUCUGGGUAUAAUACUUUCUCUCCUGAUACGGUGAAGAAAAUGCCUAGAGCAGAUCUUGUUGAGGAGAUUUGGAGACUUCAAGCUGCAUUGGGUGAGCAGACAGAAGUUACAAUAUCUAGCCAGGAGGAGUAUGAAAAACUUCAAAACGAGAAGAUCUUAUGUAGAAUUUGCUUCGAAGAGCAAAUUAAUGUGGUCCUACUUCCCUGCAAGCAUCACAUUCUUUGCAGCACUUGCUGCGAAAAAUGUAAAAGGUGCCCGAUCUGCCGUAGCACCAUUGAAGAAAAGAUGCCAGUGUAUGAUGUGUAGAUUGAGUUUUGUGAAGGUGUAUAGGUACCAUCUAGCUUGUGGUUUUUAGAUGAGGCAAGCACUGAAAAUCUUUACUCAUAGAUAUGAUUAGCAUCAGAAGUUGUAUAUAAUUUGAACAUUCUUCAACAUGGCAUUGCUGCAACUGUGGAUGGUUAAUCAGUUUUUGAUAUUUUUUUAAUCAUUUUGUAGAUAUUUGCCCCAAAAAAAAAUAUUCUAUUGUAUUUUUCAUACUACAUAAUAUGGUAUGUCCAAAAAAUGUACAAAUAUUGAUUUUAACAAAAA